AUGGACGAGACCGCUAUCCCAUUAAAGGCGCUACGCCAGAUCCAGCUGGCGGCCAAGCGCGGCCAGGUCGAGGCCUUUGGAUACCUGAUCGAGCUCAGUGCGCGCCUCGACCAGCCGGGCACCUCGGUGGCGUCGAUUUGCGCGCUUAUUAGGCUCGCCACCCAAGGGCCCGACGCUCCUGCGCCGCUGCGCCUGCUCCUCGCGGGCGCGGGCGCGAAGACCCGGCUGGCUCGCCAGCUCGACCAGGACCGGUGUGACGAGGCCCUUCUGGAGCUGAUGCGGGGCUGGACCGGCCACCGGCUGAGUCGUGGGCCCUCGCCUAAGGAAUAUUUCGCCUUUGCGCGGGCGCUGCUGGACGCCGGCGUUAACCCCAGCCGCUGCUGCCUCGACGGCGCGGGCACGACCAUAUCGCCGCUGUCCUUCGCCGUGCUCUUGGGGUUUCCAGAUCUUGGCCGGCUGCUGCUCGACCGCGGCGCGCAUAUUGGCGGACCCCCGGCCGCCGAGCUUCCGAGUAAGCCGCGCUUGCCCCUUCACGUGCCGCUCGGCGUCGCGGCACACGCCAUGGCCGGUAUUACGAUCGUUGGCGAGGAGGGCCGGGACACCCUGGCGCAGACAGUGCAGGUGCUGCUGGACCGAGGUGCGGAUAUCAAUGUGUGCGUGCCGUUGAGGGAGAGCGCUUUGCAUACGGACCGCCUCGUCAGCCCGCUGCUGGUCUUCCUCAGCGCCGUGGAAUCCUAG